AUGAAGCCUUUCGAACCUUCCUUCGAUAUACGCAUCGAAAACUGUGUUGGUUUUGUAAAGGUGCCACUGGGAAUUGCAGGUCCAUUGCAGGUCCACGGGCCUGAUUUCCAGUCUGACCAGGCCUUCGCUCCUCUAGCAACCACCGAGGCAGCCCUAAUUGCCAGCUGCUCUCGAGGAUGCAAGGCAUUCAAUCUAUGUGGAGGGCUUCAGUUUGACAUACUCGGUGAUGGGAUGUCUCGCGCUCCCGUAUUCAGCUUUGAUACCCCCAAGGAAGCGAUCGCUUUUGCGCGGUCUGUUCCCGAUUGGCAACCAGAGUUUGCACAGGCUGCUGAGUCCACGAGCCGCCAUCUGCGGCUCCAAAAAAUGACUCCACAUAUCAUCGGCUCUUCGGUGCACCUGUACCUCAACUACCAGUGCGGUGACGCUGCUGGUCAGAACAUGGUCACUAUCGCAACACAGAGAGGUUGUGAUAAGCUGCUGGAGAAGCUGGUGGGAGGACCGCACAAGGUGAAGCAUGCUAUGAUCGAGGGUCAGCUCGCCGCGGAUAAGAAACCAGCCUGGGGCAAUGUGAAAGCCCGUCGAGGAGUGGAAGUGAUUGCAUGGGGUUCCCUCUCAGACGAAAUUUGUGAGAGUAUCUUGGGCUGCACCUCAAUAGCCCUGUACUCGAUGUGCAAAACCCUGAAGGAGGGAGGAAUCCGCAACGGUCAAUUUGGCGACAAUAUCAACACCGCAAACAUCAUCGCCGCAAUAUUUGUUGCAACUGGCCAGGAUGCCGGCAGCGUUGCUGAAGCGAGUUGGACACACCUUGUUCCUGAAUACGACCACGCAACAAAAGACUUAAAGCUUUCAUUGUAUUGUCCUUCGCUGCCAGUUGGGGUCGUUGGGGGUGGUACAGGCUAUGACUCCCAAAAGGAGUGCCUGAAGCUCAUGGAUUGUCUCGAGUCUGGAAAGAAGUGGCGACUGGCAGGACUGAUUGCGUCCUUUGCUCUUGCGUUGGAAAUCAGCACAGGCGCCGCAAUUGCAAAUAACACAUUCUCAGAGAGCCAUCAGAGACUGGCGCGAAGUGUAAAGCCUCCGCCCCGAGCAAAGCUUUGAAGGUUGG